AGAUCAGCGCUGAUCUGCCGCAUUCAGCGCUGUUCCGCCGCGUUCGACGCUGAAUGGGGCGGAACAGCGCUGCACACGUAUGGUUCUCAACUCCUUGUCGACAAGUUGCAACCUGCAUAGCUCCUGGAUAGAUUUGAUUUAUUAUUACGUAAUCAUUAUGAGUAUCAUUCUCUUUGAAUUUAGUAUUAUUUUGUUUUAAUUGGGGUACCAAUGUCGCGUAUUCUCCAACCAAAUUUUUAUUUACCCAAAGUGGGUCGACCCACUGUCAUUUGCGUUUUAAUUUUUUACGCUUAUUUUUUUCUAUGUCUUCUGCAAGUAACGAAACGACAAAAAUAUCGCACAUAGAACUGUCCAUGUUGAGGGCACAAUACUAAUUGAGUAGCUGACCGUCUUCGCAGCAUAUUCAGCGCCGUACGCACUCUUACGCCGCUGUACGCCGCUGAUAGAAGUAGAGCUGAAUAAGUGUGACCAAAACCAUUCGGCGAAACGCGAAUAGAGCUGAAUAAGUGUGUGUAGUCCCUAACAGCUACUGCGAGUAUAUUUUGAUCAUAACAUUGCAUAAUAUGUAUAGACUCAAAUUUUUGUACAUAUAACGUUGUUAUCAACUCCGAUAAGAAUUUGUUUAUAUAAUAAUGCGGUUUGUGAGCGAUGAUCAGUUAAUCAGUUUGUCAGUGUGAGCCUGAUGGUGCGGUCGUGUUUGUAGAUAAAUUGUUUUACUAUAUUUUGUUUAUUAUGUGGAGCAAAAAUGCGGUGAAAGCUACGAGGUUAAGUAGCGUUGUUAAUAAAAGAUGGAAAAGUCACAUUCAGGCAGCUGCUGGACAGAGUUAUCUAAAGAACCCGGGAACUGAACCCCUGAAACAGACAACACUCGGCGAAGUGAUCGCCAAGUCUGUAAACAAAUACCCGGACAGGGUCGCCAUCAGAUCUGUGCAUGAAGACGUGACUAUUACUUACGCAGAAUUGUUGAGACAGGCAGACUCUCUAGCAUGUGCUCUCCGCGCCCAGGGUCUGAAGAAGGGCGACCGGCUGGGCUUGUGGUCACACAACUGUUCCUCAUGGCUAGUCGCUCUGGUGGCCGCUUCCAGAGCUGGAUUGAUUUCUGUGUUAUUGAACCCAAUCUACGAGAACCGAGAACUGAGUUUCUGUAUCAAAAAGACUGGAAUAAAAAGCUUAUUGAUAGGCGAUAAGACUCAAAGGAAGAACUAUUACGAGUCACUCUCGCAAAUGAUACCAGAGCUGGAGAAUAGUAAGCCGUUCUCUCUGCAGUCCAGCGAGUUCCCCACUUUGAACUCUGUGAUCAGCAUCGGGAAGGACCAUCUCGCGGGAACAACUUCCUUCAAUUCACUAGUAUCGGGCUCAGGCAGCCAGAUUUCUCGAUACACCUUUGAAAUCAAGCCGAGUGAUGGCACCCUUAUUCUUCUGACUUCGGGAACCACAGGGGACCCCAAGGCAGCUCUGAAUUCCCAUCUUGGAGUUGUGAACAACACAUACUUUAUAGGCAAAAGGAAUAUUCUAGACCAGGCUCACCAAACCGUCCUCGUGCAGGCGCCGUUCUUCCAUGCUCUGGGCUGUAUAGUGACAAGCCUGAGUGGUCUACAGCACGGCAGCACGCUGGUGUUGUCAGCUCCCUUCUACAAUGUUAAUGACAACCUCAAUGCUUUGUUAGCGGAGAAAUGCACAAUAGUGACGGGCACACCAACCAUGUAUGUGGACAUGUUAGCUCGGCUGAAGUCUCUGGGCGCCACCCCCUCAGGACUGCGCGUGGCGAUGGCGGCCGGAGCGCCUUGCAGUCCACAGCUUAUUAGAGACAUGCAGACUGAGCUUAAGGCGGAGGCUGUUACGUGUCUGUACGGGCUAUCAGAAACAGUGGCGUGUAACUUCCAAAGUGUUCCGGGUGACAGCACUGAUGUGGUAGCAGAGACCGUUGGCUGCUUACAUGAUCAUAAUGAAGCUAAGGUAGUAGACGACAACGGUGAGAUGGUACCAUUCGGCAAACCUGGCGAGCUGCUGGUGAGAGGCUACAACAACAUGAUCGGCUACUGGGACGAGCCCAAGAAGACCAGUGAGACCAUCAACAAAGACGGAUGGUUGUAUACGGGAGAUAAGUUCACAAUAAGUGAGGACGGUUACGGCCGCGUGGUGGGCCGGUUGAAGGACAUUAUAGUUCGAGGAGGGGAGAACAUCGCGCCUAAAGAGAUUGAAGACUGGUUGAAUACACAUCCUGAUAUUAAGGAUAGUCAAGUCGUUGGAGUAUCAGACGAGCGUCUAGGCGAAGACCUUUGUGCAGUACUCCGAGUAAAAGAAGGAGCCACAGUCACCAUAGAUGACAUCAAAAAACAUUGCGAGGGUCGGUUGGCGCGGUUCAAGAUACCCAGACUCAUGAAAGUCAUUGACGAGUUCCCGAAAACCGCUUCAGGAAAAAUACAAAAACAUCGCAUUAAAGACCUCAUCGAAUCUGGCAAAUUGUAGGUUUAUGUAAAUAUGUAGAUAUUAUUGUACUUGUAUUAUAAACCGCUGAAUUAUUAUGUAAAUAUUAUUGUUUAUUUGUAAGGUUUGCUUUUUUGCUGUUUUUUCAAAGACAAAAUCAUGUAAAUUAAGUAAGUACUUGAAAAUGGAGCUCUGAGUCAGUCAAAGCUGACAGUUGCAUAAUUCAUAUAUUUUUGUAAAAUAUUACAAUAUUGUUAUGAUUUUUUUUAUUGUUAAACUAAAACUAACAUUGUGAUAUUGCCAAAUUAAUGACCAAUUUAAGUACUACAACAAGCCUGAAAUAUAA